UUAUAGAUUAAAUAUGAUGGACGAAGUGAUUGAUGUCAUUGUUCUGCAUAAAGGAAUGACGUCAUAUAAGACGAGCGCUCUAUCUACAUCUUUUUGAUGUCUGCAUGAUGUUGUAUCUUUAUGUCUGUAUCAUGUUGUAUCUUUAUGUCUGCAUCUUUCUUUCUUUCUGCAUGAUCUAUGUGUCAUCAGUAGAAUAACUCGUUUAGAUGAUCGUUUUAAAGUGAUGACUCAUUCUCAUGUUAAAAAAAUCUUUUUCCUUUUUCAUUCUGCUUUAACAAAUGCGGUCGAAUGUUGUCGUAUGCGAGAUAAAGAAAAAGCACUAAAUGGUAGAGCUCUAAUACAACAUCUGAAUAUAAAAUGAAGUUAUAAAAUUUAUAUGACACCCACGUGCGUUAUUGAGGACGUUUUGCUAUUCUCCUUUUAUGUUACACGAAAUGUGCAAAAACAGAAUGUGAUUUAUAUAAAAGUCAUUUUGUUAUUUUCUUAAUGUAGUGUGCAGAUCACUUCGAGUCGUUUUUGUAGUUUAAGUAAACUAAAGAGACGAUAUGAAAAUAUUGAUGCUAUGCGGAAGAAAGAAAAUUGAUAUGAAACGGCAACACAUACAGUAUAAAAUGUAUCUACUUACUGAAGAGCGUUGAUGGCACAAUAGAUAAAACGUCUGUUUAUGAUGAGACAGAAUCGAGGUUCGAAUCCUCGUCAGCGCGUAAAUUUUUUUCGAAUUUUUUUUAAAGGCCCCGACUUUAAUUUUCGGAAGUACCCCGGACUAAAAAUCAUGGACCCAUAGGCAAUCGACCACGCUGAUUCCAAAUAUCGCCUGGCCCCGGACUCUAAUCGCGUCUGAAAAUUUCGGAGUCCGGUGAUAUAUACUUACCAUUUAUUAGUCAACAAAUCACUCGUUAUUUAUUGACAUUUUUGUAUCUAAUUGGUAACUUGGGUUGUACUUUAAAUACAAUUAUAUUCUUACAAAAAACAUUAAGAACUAACCCAAGUUCAAUGUACUUUUUAGCAUCAUCAUGCACAAACUUUAUUCUGAUUAAUUUUGGUCUGUUGUUAGAUAUAUUUAUUUAUGGUUAUAAUAUAGGUCCCGAGAAUUCUAUAGAAAUAUUAUGUAUUUCUAGGAAUUAUAUUUUAUUUACAUUAAGUUAUUUAUCUGAAAGUUAUAUCCUCGUUGCAUGCCUUGAUCGUUAUGCCUUAUCAUCAUCCCGCGUUCAACAACGAUGUUGGAGUUCAUUGAAAAAUGCUAAACGUGUAAUACCAAUUUUUUUAGCUUGUUUAUGGUUUCUCAUAUCUAUUCAUAUGAUUGCCUAUAGUAAAGUAAUACGGGAUGUAGGACGUUUUCUUAUAUCAGUUGGCUACGCUUUAUUUGUUAGUUUACAUUCGAUUAUUGUAUCAAGUAUGAUUUUACCGACGUUAAUGGUUCAUUUUUAG